AUGCGUGCCGUCCAAGUCAGCGAAUACGUCAAGGGCCCCCUAGACCUAAAAGUAACCGAUGUCCCAACCCCAAUCCCAGCAACAGACAAAUACCUAAUCGAAAUCCACUCGGCGGGCACAAACUUCUUCGAUAUCCUCCAAAUCCAAGGCAAAUACCAACACCAACCACCACUCCCGUGGAUCGGCGGCGCCGAAUUCGCCGGCACAAUCACCGCCAUCCCAACCUCCUCCAAGAACCCGCGUUUCAAAGUCGGCGACCGCGUCUUCGGCGCCACACAGGGCGCCUACGCAACCCACGUUCUCGCACCCGAGCACACCCUCCUCCCCGUCCCAGCCGGAUGGAGUUUCGAAGAUGCGGCCGGCUUGUUCGUUACGGCGCCUACUUCCUAUGGAGGUCUUGUUCACCGGGCUGGGGUGAAGGCUGGUGAUUGGGUUCUUGUUCAUGCCGCUGCUGGUGGUGUGGGACUUGCUGCUGUGCAGAUUGCCAAGGCUAUGGGCGCGACUGUUGUUGCUACUGCUGGGACGGAGAGGAAGAGGCAGAUUGCGCGGGAGUUUGGGGCUGAUUACGUGGUUGAUUAUGGGAAUAGGGAUUGGCCGGAGGAGGUGAAGAAGUUGUGUAAGGAGAAGAGGAGUGGCAAUGGAGCUGCGGGUGUGGAUAUUGUUUAUGAUCCUGUUGGGAUGAUCGAGGCCAGUUUGAAGUGCGUGGCUUGGAAUGCGCGGUUGUUGGUUAUUGGGUUUGCGGCUGGGAAGAUUGAGAAGGUUGCGUUGAACCGGGUGCUGUUGAAGAAUGUUAGCUUGGUUGGCCUGCAUUGGGGGCAGUAUGCCAAGUUUGAGACUGGCACUGUUGGUGACGUUUGGAAUGGGAUCUUUGAUCUUGUUGCUCAGGGGAAGUUUAGGGGCACUGCGUUCAAGGAUGAGAGCUUUGUUGGGCUGGAGAGUGUGCCCAAGGCCUUGCAGGCGCUUGGCGGUCGGGAGACUUGGGGUAAGGUUGUUGUCAAUAUCGUUGGCAAUGAGAAGGCAAAGAGCAGACUAUGA